AUGUCACAGUUGAAUGUGGAACAUUGGGACAGCAGAAGAGAUGGUCCAUUGAAUGAAAGAAAUAUGGGAAACAAGCUCAAGUCACAGGGGUAUUCAUUUACAAAAUAUGUUUUUGCUUCUGGUACUGACUUUCCUGAUCAUACUCACGCAAUGUCCAAAAAAGACUCCAUUGUCUCUGGACAAUUCAGGUUUGCCAUGUGUGGCCAAGAAGUAAUUUUACAGCCUGGAGACAUGAUUGUUGUACCAGCUGGUACUGUUCACAAUGCCUCUGUGGUUGGAGAUGAGUCAGUGAUUUUCUUUGAUGCCUCCAAAUAA